CACAAUGCUGGAAAUCGUUCCUUUCAUUAUAUUAAUCAUACGACAGGACGUACUUCAUUCACUCAGAUUCGAAGGAAGAUGGUUGCUGAAGGGUUGCCCACGGAUAAAAUGAGUGUUUGGAAAUAUACACGCAAUCAAACUGACCCUGAUGUUAGGCAAACCAUGGAUGAGUUUGAGCGCCAAUUGUCCAUGUUGCCUGAAGAUUACCGCACUACCGAAGAUGCUCGAGACAGUGUUUUCCACGAUGUGGUCGGUGAAGAUGGGCAUGGAUAUUGUCGUACUUACGGCAAGGAUGUGCCUUGGAGCAUGGUGUAUGGAGAUAAAUCUAAGUCAUCACAGUCAGGAUCUCAGUCAUCGAUUGUUGCCGAGAUCACAAAGCAGGUUCGUACGGAGUUGAGAAAAGAGCUGAGAGAUGAGAUUAGAGAGGAAUUGAGGGAGAAGAUGCGAACAGAGCUUUCGACACAGAUACAAGAAAUGAAAGCUGAAAUGUUGGCUAUUGUGUCCCACGAAGGGAGUACAAAUCACAACAAACAGGUACCGGAUGCAUUGAGUGGACACCGUGAACCUACGGAUUAUGACGCCGAUGAGAACCCACAUACACCACCACCAAAUGAUGAGGAUGUAAUUAAAGUUUCUUUGGAGAGUUCUGUAAUACCAAGAGUCCAAUUGGCGGAGGGACUUCUUAUUAGUGUUGAUCCGUUGUGUGAAAUUGAUGGAGUUCCAAUUGGACCUGGAUUUUGCAAAGUUUUUGUUUUAAAAGCGAACAAGCCGAACGCUGUUUUGGAAACAACUUCCCGAUGUCUAAGAACAAUUAGAGAAGCUGUGGGAAGAUAUAUUGUGUGGCGCUCGAUUCAUGUGCAACCCUUUUAA